UUGUGUCUCCGGCUUCCGUUACCUGCUGGUAUACAAAAGAACGACAUUAUGAGUAUGACGUGUUUGUUUCAAGUGUCAGCAUUCGGGGAAACAAAAUCAAGCGGUGGGAUCAAACUGACAUCUUAUCAGAGGCGACAGGAUGCGAAAGUACUACACAUAAGUCUUUUAAACACUAAGCACUGUCUAACACACUUCACUAAUCACCUCUUACACAUUCACUUGACAAGAAACUCAGAGCAACACUUAUCAUCCAUGAUUCAGCCAGCUUCACAGAUGUCGCUUAUAACCGACGUCAACGCAGCACUAUCACAUACAAACUUUUCACCGGAUUCAAACACUUAAAAUUAUCAGUGUCACAUACUAAAGGCAACAUCAUGAGAGAAUGGGUUCAGCAACCAACUAUGCAACACCGAAAUACAAUCAAACCUGUCAUUCUUUCAGGCAAUUCCACACACGACAAGGUGUCCUCAUCUGUACCCUCUAUUUAGCCAAUCGUCAUUCUUCACACACAGAACAACAUCAACAAAACCACACGCAAGUCAAUUAUAUUGUCUUCCACAGACAAUCCACCAACGCUAAACACUUUCGUUCCUCAUCAUUAAAAAUCCUAUAUCUACACACCACAACACAAAGACGACAUACCAAUAUCAGACAUGGAACGGUUCUAACCUGUCGACAUCUUUAUCAUUCAUGCACAUCACCACUAUUAAGCACAAACAGUCAUCAUCUAAAACCGAUUAUCUCGACAUUUAUUUAUCGGUGGAUUUUGCAGCUACACAUGCUCCCAUCACUUGAAUAUCGAAAUCACACACAACUCAAUGACAGAUUACUCAUCAGCUUCACAAUCAGAAAAUCAACCACCAUAUCACAUUUGAUAAAUGACAACCAACAAUACCGAUCAAGUGGAAAAGAGUUAAUAUUUACCGGAAAACCAAAUGUCAGAUCGAACAAUCCAGUAAAUGUUACCUAUAAUACUAACAAUAAAUCCAUUCCAAUUCACAACACCAUCGUCAACCACAACAUCAUCAUCAACCACAACCACAACAACAACAGCAACAACAACAAAAACAACAGCAGCAACAACAACAAAAUACCACAAACAAACACGUUUCAAACACAACAUCCAACAAAUGGCAGUCAUAUGGAGUAGGCCACAAAUACAUUCUCUCACAAACACUAAGAUCAAGUGAAUAGGUCACAAGUUACCAGGUGAACAAUCCAUGACAAGUGAAAUGUCGUCUCACAAAAAUUCAGAGAAGAAACAAACAGUCUCAGAAUCACAUUUAUCCAAACACUAAUACAAUGCAAAUGCAUGAUGUUUGUUAGGAGAUGAGACUGAAGGAGCGUACUAGACAACUUGUUAACUAACGGGACAUGCAUGCAAUAAGAGGCGCAACAUCUGACAGUUUCCACGAUAAAACCUCGAAAAAUUCACCAGUUAUUUCAAAACCGACUGAAGCGGAAGAACUUGCCAUGCCACUAAGCCUAAGGCUGUGCAUUGUGUGUAUGCACAUAUCAGUAACUCGCCUCAGAAGGAACUUCUUCAGCAC